AUGAGCACCAACGGCGCCCCCAGUGCGAGCCCCAAUCGCGACGGUAGCACGCCCGACGCCCAGCCUGGAGGCAAGCGGAAGAAUCCCGACGGCUCCGACGCCCAUCCCACCCAGCAGCGAGCCAAGCGCAACCGCUACAUCUCUAUCGCCUGCAACGAGUGCAAACGCCGCAAGAUCAAGUGCAAUGGCCAGACACCGUGCCAGCGCUGCGGAAACCUCCAGCUGGAGUGUGCCUACGCCCCCAACUGCUGCAACAACUUCAAGGACUCCGACGAGUUCAAGCGCAUGGACGCGCACAUCCAGGCCCUGCAGGACCAAGUCGACACCCUCUUCAACAACCUGAACAGCCUGCGCAACCACGUCGAUGCCAGUGUCCUGGGCUCCGCCGCCUCGCCCUUCCCCGAUGCUCAAUACGCGCGCUCCAUGUCCAUCUCCCAGGCCUCAGUCCAGGGUCCGCAGAACAACGGCCGUGCCAAGCAGCAGCAACAGCAGCAACAACAACCCAAACACCCUCGUUUCCACGGUCCCACCAGCAAUGCCUUCAAUCUCGACGUCGCGAAAGCAAACCUGCAGUCGAUAGGCAUAACCGCCACCGAUGAGAAUGCCGACGAUGGUGCCUUCACCCAAGACGCCACCCCGCUCGAUAGUCCCCGCCUGGCGCCGCUCGCUCCACCUCCCAGCCAGCAUACGAACAAGCCAGUAUUGCAUACUACAAAAGAUCCCAUGUGGGCAAUCAACAAGGAUGAGGCUAUCAGGCUGUGCCAUGUUUGGCAUGAGGAAAUGGGGUUGAUGUAUCCGGUGCUGGACAUUGAGGCUACCAUCCGGCAUGCGACUCUGCUAUACACGUUUAUGGAGGCGGCGCAUAGGACGCGCCUGGUCGAAGUGUCGUUCCCCGGUGCCGACGCCAUCAGUGACGAUCAAACAAUCAUUUUGAAACUAGUGCUGGGUACUGCGUUGAUUCUGGAAGGGAGCGGAAAGAGCGAGCUAGGAACGGCCAUGUUCCAGAGCAUCCGGGCCAAUGUCGAGGCCGUUUUGCUAGCCCCAGCGAACAUUCGGGGGAUUAAGAUGCUGACUUUGACCGGCAUGUAUCAUUUCCACCGAGAUGAAGAGGAUACGGCUUGGCGCAUCAUCGGCCUGGCAGCACGCCUAUGCAUGGAGCUUGGUCUUCAUCGCCGUGAGACGUACAACACAAUCUUCACCGAGGAAGACGAGCGCGCUGCCGCAAUUCGGCUGUUCUGGUCUGUGUACGUGCUCGAUCGAAGGUGGUCAUUCGGCACGGGUAUGCCGUUUGCCUUUGAGGACACGGACAUCGAUCCCAACGUGCCAAAGCCGGACGAUGCCACACCCUACCUCAAUUGCAUGGUCACCUACAGCAACAUUGGAUCCCGCGUGUGGAAAUCGAUAGCGCAUAGUGAUAAUGCACCAAUCAGCAAGGAAGAGAUCGGGUACCUUGACUACCAGGUCAUACAAUGGCAUCGAUCGAUUCCGCUGGCUCUCAAGUACAUACACCCGUCAUCUAGCAAUCCUCAGGACCAGCAGCCGGUAACCCGCAGCAUACAUCGUUUCCGUAUCCUGCUGUACCUUCGGGCCAAUCAGAUGCGCAUUCUCAUAUACCGCCCUGUCAUGCACACGACAUCAUCCAUAAUGGAAGACAUGACGGCCGCGCAGACGGUGGUUGACGUGGCCAAAGACACAAUCAACGUGCUGACCCAUACCAACCAGACGACAGACAUUUACCGCAGCCAUCAAGUCAUGUUCCACUACUUUCUCAUUUCAGCCCUCGCCGUCCUCUUGCUUGCCGUGUCGCACGCACCGGGUCAGUUCAGCGAAUGCUGCAGGGAUGAGUUCUACAUGGCUCUUGACCUGGUGCGCGGGCUAUCGGCGAACUCAUAUGUCAGCAAGCGGCUUUGGCGAACCAUCAAGGUGCUCAAGGAGGUGGGACCCAAGCUCGGUCUGAAUCUGCGUGGGGGUAACCAUGUAGUAGCUGUGGAUGCAACAGACCCGCACUCGUCGGCGGCCGUCGCCAUGGCCGGCUUGGCUGGACACCCGGUGGAUGAGAAUUUCCUGUUUGGGAACAAUGGCGGCCGAACGACGAAUGGAGGGCAGAGGCAAGGCUCUGGUGGUGGUGCCGCCGGAAACGGCAGUGGCGGUGGCAGCGCCAGCGAGAGCCCGAACGGGAUGGCCAAUGACCUGACGAGCUUGUUCGAGGCGGCGGGUGGGUUCGCGGCGAGCACGGGGUUCGCGCCGCAGAACGGAUAUCUCAUGUCGGCCAGUGGUGGGGAGGGAGGACCGCAGGCUGGGGCGGAGAUUGUGAAUGCUGUGUUCGGGCACGACGACGAGCUUGCGAGGAUACUGCGGGAACUGUUUUGA